AUGAGACUAUUGCUGACAGCUCUAACGGUUUUCGCCUUCGUCCCGUGCUUGGCAUAUGGUCAAUGGCACCCAGAGAAACCAGCACAGUAUCAUGAACUGCCUCCACUGCGAGAGCAGGCCCGCCUUUUCAACGAGUGGAAAGAUGAGCGGAUAGCUCGAAUCCCUGCUCUGCUGAAGAAAUAUGACAUCGACGCAUGGCUGCUGAGCAUGCGAGAGCACAACGAAGACCCCCUCUGGUGGUCCCUCAAGAACGCGACACAGUUCGCCCCCCACCGGCGCACCGUCUUACUCUUCCACACCAACACCUCCUCCCUCGCCGGGCACCCCAACCCGCUCGUGUGGGUAGACAACACCGGCGCGGUGUGGGACGAGCUGCGCUGGAUACUCGUGCAGUACGCACCGCAGCGCAUCGCGCUCAACACCGAUAGGCACAUUGCCUUCGGAGGCGGGCUGGCCGUGGGUGAGUGGAUGGAGCUGUACGAGCAGCUGCCGCAGGAGUGGAUGAAAGCCGUGAACCAGCCGAUGCUCGCGGUCGAGUACAUCGCCGCGAGGGUACCCGGGCAACUCAGCUAUUACCGCAAGAUGCAGGAGACGGUGUGGGCGAUGAUCCAAGAGGCGUUCAGCGCGCGCGUCAUCGAGCCUAAUAUCACGACAACAGUUGACGUCGAAUGGUGGUUCAGAGAGAAGAUCCAAACGCAGAACUUCUCCACCUGGGUGCAUCCCCGCGUAUCCGUGAUAACCCCCCAGUCAUUCCCCGGUUGGGCGGGAACGGAAGAUAUCAUACAAGAAGGGGAUCUCUUGCACGUAGACUUUGGGGUCACCGCCAUGAGCAUGAACACCGACACUCAACACAUGGCCUAUGUCCUGCGUACGUCGGAAGGAGAGAGCGACGCACCGGAAGGGCACAAAGAAGGCAUUAAGAAAGCUAACCGUAUGCAGGAUAUCGUGCUGAGUCAGAUGCAAGCGGGCAAGACGGGCAAUGCAGUCUUGCAGGCGUCACUGAGACAAAUGAAGGCUGAGAACAUCUCCGGACAAAUUUACUGUCAUCCGAUCGGUGAUUAUGCACAUGCGCCUGGGGCUGUAAUGGGUUUUACUAACCUCCCCGAAUACGUACCCGUCCUCGGAGAACUGCCCAUAUUACCCAACACGUGGUAUAGCAUCGAGCUUUACGCGUACCAUUUGGUACCGGAGAGAAACGAGACCCUCAGAUUCCGACUAGAAGAAACAGUGCACUGGGUCGACGACCAAGUAGGGUGGAAGUUCGUACAUGGGCGUCAAGAAGCACUUCACCUCAUUGACUGGCAAGUGCCCAGUAGCGACGGUGACUUCUUCGUGCAGUCAUAA